AUGAUAACCGUUAAGCUCUCAGAGAGGUAUACCUUUGUGGAUGGAUACCUUGUUCAUACUGAUGAAGACGGACACCAACGGCUAAAAGUACCUGGUCGCAAUGUCAAAAGAAUGACAAAAGAGGAGCGCUCCCUUUACAUGAGGCACCAACGAGACAUGCACGACUUGUCACGCUACAUGAACAGUGAGUACGAUCUGUUCAGCUGCAGCUCAGCCAGUCUUUUUGAGGCCGUGGACAAGGAAAAAAAGCUGUUCUACACUAGUGAUGGUGGAAAGAAAUUGAUACAAAGGACACGUUUACGUCAACAAAGACAUCAGCAGGUCUUUGAAAUGAGCGUUGCUCCUCUUGUCUUUCCUCAUAACAAGAAAAAGUACUUGUAUUACCGCGACGAAACCCUGAUUGCUCUAAAUGAGGAAACGGACUCUCAACGUCUCACUGGAGCCUACACGGAACGUACCAGCACCCCCAGACUAAAGUUCCUACAGCUACAAGAGAUGAAAUUUACUGAGGGCGACGUUGAUCUCACGCACAGUUUUCUCAGCGACAAAAGCCCUUACGUCGAGGCAUGCACCCUGAUGCUAAGACACAUGUACACUUCAGUGCGGGGCCGAAUGCUAUCGCGACCUAUAGGAAUGACGUUUGGUAAGCCGCAAGGAGAUGACCACAUAAUCAAAGAGCUGCAGACGCAAACAAUUCAAAGGUAUGGUGGCUUGUUUGCCUUCAUAUAUUUUGUUUUGCUAAGGCUUGAGGAGUUUUCAUUCACCACUAUCAAAGUCGACACCAAGCACUGGGAAUUUACUUCUUUGGAGGAAAAAGCUUCGCGGCUUUCAAAGAUAUUUCAUGGACUUCUGACAAUUCCCGAUAUGCGUCCUCUACUCCAUAUUCUCGUUCGUCUCAACGGCUUCAAAGUUGAUGAUCUUCGUCCAAGCAUGGACACUCCUGAUCGGAUUCGCCGAAAACUGGAUGCGUUCAAACAAUUUGUGGUCUACUCUACGCUAUAAAAUAGUCCUGAUGAGAAUGUGCAGUACUUUACAGAGGAUCUUCCUUCGGAAUGGGCUUGGAUCAAAAGUGUUUACCGCCAGCUUGCAGCAGAGCACGAGUCAAAGCUGCCCUUCAGAAUCUCGUAUCAGCCCCCGGAUGACGUGAUUGUUUCGGGAAAAUCUUUCUCCCGUGGGUACAUUCGGAGUCUUUACUCUGGAGAGAUCGUCAAGGAUAUCACCGAGUUUUAUCAAAUUCCCACAGUAAAAGAAGCUGCAUUUGAAGUGUUGGAUGAUCCACGUGAACAUUUUGGAGAAGACAUGUCGGAGCCAAAGCUGGCGUUUCAACAGCUGGUCAGUCGCUCCGCAAAAUCAAGAAUCAACCCCAAAGAGCUGAAGCCCGCGGGCUCUUUCGCCCCGGAUUUGAUCAAGUCACUGGAUGAGUGUACAGUGCUUCUCCUGUGGAUGAUAUUCUUCACGUGUGGCGCUGGUGUUAAAGUUUGCGGGCAAUGA